AUGCCCGGGGCAUCAAUUUCCAAUCAACAAGAGGUAACUGACGAGGGCAUCAUCUACAAUAAUCGUGGAGCCCACUUCUUCCCCUUCAAGUUCGACUUCGUGGGGGUGAGCGUCGGCACCGCCUACGCCUCGGACCUCACCGGCGACCCCGUGGGGUUCGUCAUGAUCGGGGGGAUGGCGACGGUCCUCAACGGGCACUUCGCCUGCUACACGGGGGAUCUGGUGCAGUGGUACUUCGACUUCGAGGCGGAGGAGUUCGAGCCGGACGGGCAGCGGCGGCAGGUUCCCAACAUGAAUAACGCGAUCCGCUUCCCCGUCAACGGGAGGGAGGAGUGGUACCAGAAGCGGAUGUUCGGCACCUUCCAGGAGAAGAACCGGGGCAAGCAGAACGUGGCGCUGAUCAAGCCGCUGCGGAAGGUCGCCGACCAGCGCAGCUUCCUCUACGGGGACAAGUGCAGGGUGAUCGGGAGGAUCGUCAACGGCGGGCAGCCCUGGGAGCCCGUCGAUAUCUUCCUCUCUAACACGUUCGUUUGA